AUGAUCGUGUCCAACGUGAGCCUUGGGGCGGACCGCGGCGCGGAGGCGUCCCGCUCCCUCACCCCGACGGGGCACCUGGUGGUGGCGGUGUGCCUCGGCGUCAUCGGCACUUUGGGCUUCCUCAGCAACUUCCUGGUGGUCACCUUGUUCUGCCGGUACCGGACGCUGCGCUCGCCCAUCAACUGCCUGCUGGUGAGCAUAUCGGUGAGCGACCUGCUGGUCAGCCUGCUGGGGACGCCGUUCAGCUUCGCGGCCAGCACGCAGGGACGGUGGCUGAUCGGACACGCGGGGUGCAUCUGGUACGGCUUCGUUAACGCCUGCCUGGGCAUCGUCUCUCUCAUCUCCCUGGCCGUGUUGUCCUAUGAGCGCUACUGCACCAUGCUGGGGCCCACCACGGCUGACAACAGGAGCUACGGCCCUGCUCUCGGGGGCGUGUGCUUCUCCUGGGUCUAUUCGCUGGUCUGGACCGUCCCCCCACUGCUGGGCUGGAGCAGUUAUGGACCGGAGGGCCCCGGUACCACCUGCUCGGUUGACUGGAGCACCCACACACCCAACAACAUCUCCUACAUCAUCUGCCUCUUCACCUUCUGCCUGGUGCUGCCCUUCACCGUCAUCGUCUUCUGCUACGGGAGACUGCUGCAAGCCAUCAGACAGGUCAGUAGUGUGACCUCGGCAAUGUCGCGUCAUCGAGAGCAGCGGGUGUUGCUGAUGGUCGUCACCAUGGUGGUCUGCUACCUCGUUUGCUGGCUGCCCUACGGCGUGGCUGCCCUGCUCGCGACCUUUGGCCCCCAUGACCUUUUGACCCCGGAGGCCAGCAUCAUUCCCUCGCUGCUGGCCAAGUCCUCCACCGUCGUCAACCCCGUUAUCUACAUAUUCAUGAACAGACAGUUCUACAGGUGUUUCUGGGCGUUCCUAAGCUGUACCAAGUCCGUGCCAGGGUCCAGCUUCAAGACGUCGUCCCGGGCAGUCAUAACUCUCCGCACAAUACGCCAUGGAAACGGACGCCACAUGUCAGUUGCAGCCGCAUCCACAGCCCCGCCCACUCCAAACUCCGCCCACCGGCACUCAACGGAAGCCAAUCAUGUGGCCGUCUCCCAUUCAGCCCCGCCCCACCACUCGACCUCUUUCCACUCCCCUCCACCUGCCGACGCUCCCGUACCCAAAGUGACUCUGGUGGCACACUAUCGAGAAUAG